AAAAAAUCACGCAUCCUCCGCCUCGCCCCUCGAGCCCUAGCUAACCACUCCCCUUUCCCCGACGAGGCGGCGCGCGAGGCGAGGCCACCGGCCGGCGGGUCCUGCCGCUUCUCCCCCCUCGGCUCCCCGGCCCGCCUGCCCCGCCGAACCCCUCCGCCGAGCGCGCGCCUCCGUCCGCCGAAUCCCAGCGCGGCGCCCGGUCGCCGGAGGGGUUUUCCUCCUCUCGCCGCCGUCGCAGCCGCCCUCGCCUCCUCCCCGCGCUCUGCUGGUGCUGGGCCGGCGUCGAGCGGAGCGGGAAUUCAGUCGUGCUCUGGUCGAUUUCGUCUUCGACCUUCUCGUUUAUGAUGCAUGUUAUCAGUGCAGAUGCCAGAAGCUGAGUGGAACGAUGAACGCACUAGGAUUGUUUGUGAGCUCUUUGUUGAACAAGUUCAGGCAGGGAACAGGCCAAACACCCAUCUAAACAAUAUUGGUUACCGUAAUGUUGCGGCCAAGUUUCAGCAGAGAACACAGCUACUCUAUACAAAGUUGCAGCUUAAGAACAAAUGGGAUAAGUUUAAGAGUGAUUACAUCACUUGGAAGAAGCUGCUUGUAGUGGGGGCGGGUUUACCCUGGGAUGCGGCAAGGGGAACAUUUGCUGCUGACGAUGAAUGGUGGAAGAAGACAAAUAAGGAGCUGCCAGGUGCAAGGCGAUACCGCAAUCUUGGUCUGCAACAUGAGGAUAAGUUGAAAAUAAUGUUUGACUACAUCACCAGUAAUGGUGUGGAUCCUUCGCUACAUGCUCCAGAAAGCCCAAAGAAUGGUGUGGAUCAUUCGCCACCUGGUGCAAGUGGUUUGCCAUCUGCUGCUGACAGCCCCAUGAAUGGAGUGGAUCAUUCUCCUGUGACCGCAAACGGUUUGCCAUCUGCUCCACACAGCCCCAUGAAUGGCAUGGAUCAUUUGCCCCUGGCCACUAAUGGUUUGCCAUACGCUCAAGAAAUCCCCAUGAAUGGUAUGAACCUGGAUGGAUCAGACAACAAUGCUGAAGAUAAUGAUGAUGCUCAUCAAGAGCCAGUGUUUCAGUAUACCUCAAACAGGAGGAAGAAGAGACCUAUUAAUGUCAUCUCUACGAAGAAGAACAAGAAAAGUAAGGCCGAAACCGCUCUGCUCAUGCAGUCUCACUUGAGUCGCAUAGCGGAGCUGGCUCAGAAAGCACAGGACACUUUCGAAAAGUUCAGCUCCCAAGCUGACACACAACCAUGGCCUAGCAUCCAGGAUGUCAUGACACUGGUCCGUGAGUGUGGAGUGCGGUCUGGAAGCAACGAACAUUUCAUCGCAACCGAGCUUUUCGUCAGCAGAGAACAGAGGGAGAUGUUCCUGACCAUGGAAACGGCUGAGGAACGGUUCCAGUGGCUUCGAAGAAAAUAUAUUGUCAAGUAUCUAUCAAGUACAAGUCUGGGUCCUAGAUAAAUGAAUGAUCCUAGAACCUUUGUUUCAGGUUGUGGUAAAUGCUUAGGCUUUAUUUGACAUGACCCAUUUUGUGUUGGAAUCCUAACUAGUAUGCAUUACAUUUUAAGAUAGAGUAUGCAGUAUAUCCUGACAAGUAUGGUUGUAAAGUCUCAUCUAUGAACGUGUAGUUGUUCUGUGGUGUCACUUGUUUUCGAUCUAGCAUUAUGUUUCAACCGCAA